CCUUUGGCCGGGAAACAGCCUUCCUCGAGACACACAUCUAUAAAAUUUUUAAAAUUGCCCACACAUCAUUAAAAAUAUAUAUAUUAAGCAGAUUAUUUAUAGCCAUUUAAUACUUUGCAAGUAUUCAGACAGAUUAUGCUCUAUAUAAUAUUACCUUAAGUAGAUAGACUAUGCAUAGGAAGUAGGGAAUGCAUUAUAUAAUUCUGUCUUUCAAAGAAAUUUAUUGUAUUGCGUUAGUAAAGCAAUGGGCUUUAGGUUAGAACUUCAAUUAAUUACAUGGGGCUUAAUGAUACAAUAGUUGGCCAGGUGCAAUGGUUCAUGCCUGUAAUCCCAGCACUUUGGGAGACCAAGGGGGGCAGAUUGCUUGAGCCCAGGAGUUUGAGACCAGCCUGGACAACAUGGUGAAAACCCUUCUAUGAGAAAAAUAUUUAAAAAAUUUAGCUGGUCUUGGUGGGGCGUGCCUGUAGUCCCAGAUACUCAGGAGGCUGCAGGGGGAGGAUCUAUUGAGCCUGGCAGGUUGAGGCUGCGGUGAGCCAUGAUCACGCCACUGCACUCCAUCCUGGGUGACAGAGCAAGACCCUUUCUCAAAAUAGUAAUAAUAAUAUUAAUAACACAAUAGUUAAUGGUAUUGAUAAAACUGGAUUUUACUUUCAUUCAUUCAACAUUUAUUGAUGGCCUCCUGCAUGCUAGGUAGGUAGUACAGACCACAAUGUGGCUUGGCUUGUGGCCUGAUAGAAGGCUAGGCAUCUCUGGAGAAAACACUUACCAAAUCUGGGGAUUCAAGUGUGGUAAGUGCUGUUGUGAGUGACUAGCACAUGUUAGGUGCUGUGGAAGCCCAGAGGAGCAGCAGAGAGCUGAUCAGUGCUGUUGCCUGGGGGCCUCCAGGGAAGGUUUCCAGGAAGUUGGCUUCCAGCUCUGUUUUGAAGAAGGAGCAGGAAAGAUAGAGCUGCACAGGGGCCUUCUGGGCAGGGAGGGAAGGAGUGAUGGGCAAAGGGAGUGAAAAGAGAUGAGGCUGGGAAUGUAGUCUGGGGAGGCCAGAUUGCGAACAGCCUUAUUUGAAAUUGAUGUUACAGGCGUCAACUCACAACCCCCACCUCAUGAUAUUUAGUGGGCUUUUAAGUGUGAAAUGUAUGGAUACAGACUCAGAGUAGAAAUUUGGGAGAUUCACUCUUGGUGGUGUACAUUCUGUGGGUUUGGACAAGUGUAUCAUGACAUGUAUCCACCAUGGUAGUAUCAGACAGAGUCGUCUCAUUGCCCUGCAAAUUCUCUGUGGUCUGUGUUUUCAUCCCUCCCUCUUCUCAUAUUCACUAUGGUUCCAUCUCUACAUUUGAACAUAGUGUAUUUGAGGAUCCUGGAGUCAAUGGUGGUUAAAUUUUAGUUUAAAGAGCUUGUUUUUAAUUUUUUUUUUUUUUUUUGAGACGGAGUCUCGCUGUGUCCCCCACGCCGGAGUACAGUGGCGCGAUCUCGGCUCACUGCAAGCUCCGCCUCCCGGGUUCACGCCAUUCUCCUGCCUCAGCCUCCUGAGUAGCUGGGACUGCAGGCGCCCGCCACCACGCCCGGAUAAUUUUUUGUAUUUUUAGUAGAGAUGGGGUUUCACCGUGUUAGCCAGGAUGGUCUCGAUCUCCUGACCUCGUGAUCCACCCGCCUCGGCCUCCCAAAAUGCUGGGAUUACAAGCGUGAGCCACUGCGCCCAGCCGGUUGUUUUUAAUUUUUGGGGCACCUUUUAACUCCCACAGUGAAGCCUACAGGAGGAAUAAACAGAGGUAUAACUCCAUGUUGGUAAUAUACAAUAUUAUCUUAGUUUACAGUUUUCAAACUGCUUUCUCUCACAUCCCCUCAGUACUUCUGCACAAAAGGUAAUGACUAUUGUUUCCAUUUUACAGAGGAGGAAACAAUAUGGAGGUGACUAAUUACUUGAAGAUGACAGUGAUGGUACUAGCACUCAGACUGGAGUCUUCUUCCUCCAUUCUUGUGUUUUAUUCAUUAUAUCAUGUUGCCUCUUGCUUCUGGAAGCAUUAAAUUGUGGGCCCUUCCAAACUUAAAUAAUAAAAUAACACAUUUGUGGGGUGGCAUACAGUGUUUCCAAGAAUAUGCUGACUAUAUGUGUGUGUAAAUUAUAUACAGUUUAUUACGUAUGUGUAAAGAAUGUAGGUUGCAAUACUAGAAACUUACACCAUGAUCUCUACAAGGUAGUGCUGGCCUUCUCUUGUAUCACUGUUAUGUUGGCUUAUCACUGAAAUGUUUAAAUAUGAUCUUAAUAUUCAGACUAUUACAUGGAAAAAUAUACAGCAUUCUAAACCUACCUUAAGUGACCCAAACUAUUGGGCAUGACCUUUAGACUCCUGUCUUUGCUGCUUUAAUGCCCAUUCUACUUCCCUUUCACUACAUAGCAAACAGGCAAUGGAAUAGUGUUUCUGUCUUCCAAAGAAGUGAUAAUGAGCAACAAUAAAAACUAUAUCUAGUCUCUUUAAUUUAAAAAAUAAUUCAAAAUCUCCGUUGAAACUUUAAAAAUGAUAUCCAAUCAAUAGUAACAUUCUAGCCAAAAAAUCAAACUGUACGAGUGGCCAAGAGAACUGUAUCUCAGGGAUGUAAGUAAAUGUAGACCAAGGCUUCCCAAGUGGCUUAUUAAGUAUAAAUUCCAGUGACAUCUGCUUACCAUAGUACUUCAUUGCCAAGAGCACAAGGCUGCCUGGUAAACCAAGAGUCUUCAUUUGGGCCACAUAUAUCCCUUGUAGUCAUGGCCUUCAGUUUCAUGUGAAAUUCAGUGUGAAUAUAAAAAAUCCAGCCGUUAUUGGAGAGUCUCUGAUUUUACAGUGAGAUUGUGUGUGUUCUUUCUCCUCCCACCAUAAUUAGUUGUUUAGUUGCUAAUUUGUUUUUAUUUUCACUUCUUUUUUUUCCUUUUGACUAUUUUAUCAGAUGAGACUCAAGCGAUUAUUAUGUCACUUCCUCUGGGCCACAGUAUACCCAAAUUCAGGAGUGAUGAUAAUGUAUUUUUAAAAUGAACUUCAAAUAUUCUCAUAUUUAGUUGUGUAUUGUAAGGUAAAUUCACUUAACCCAAUAUUUUUAUGUAGUAGAUUCUAUUCUGUUAUAUUCCUAUUCCAGGAGGGAUCCUAAAGUCAGUUUUAUGAAAGAAUGAAUUUUGAAUUUUGUGAACUUUUCAAUUGAUUUGAAGUCAUGGAGAUUCUGGGGUAUUAGUAAAAUUUAGCAUAACAGAAAUUUGUAUUUCUGUCUUCUUUCAGAAUGCUCACAGUUGUUGAAUCUAGGAAUGUUUGUUGUAUUUAAUUAUUUGUUUUGACUGAAGAAAUUUUAUAGUUUGCAUUACAAGAAUAACUUGUUCUGAGAAAAUCAAGCUGAAUAAUACUGAUUCAUGGCAUGUAACAUUGCUGUUGGAUGGUUGUGAAACAGAAAACAGAUCUCAUUAAAAAAGGUUUCUCUAGAGAUUGUUCCAUAUUUUCUCCCCUUUUUAGUAUAGAAGCAACUGUUAUUUUAAAAACAGUACUUUCUUCUCCCCCUCAAAACCACCACCAUCAGAGAAAAUGGAUAUGUUUACAUUAAUUGGCACUAAGUAGAAGAAAGGAUCUGAAAGGCAGGCAGCCUGCCGGGGAUCUCAUGGGACUGGCUGUCCUUCAGAGAGGGUGGGCUGCUGAACGUAACUGGGCCUGGGCGAGUGUGAAGAUUUCCCAGCAUUUUACCUUAUCAGGGAUUCUGUUUUCUUCCAAGGCUUCCAGGUACCGAUGGCACAUUAUUUUCUACCUGAAAAUUAGAGUUUAUUAAAAUACCUCUAAUUUGGCAGAGGGAGAAACUCCAUUUGUAAAAUCCCUUGAAGGUAGUGAUGAAGCAAAUUACUAUAACAUUUGGAUAGGAUUUUCCUUUAUUGUGGUAAAAUAUAAAUAGUAAUGCAAUUUACCGUUUUAACGUUUAUUUAUUUAUUUUUAGAGUCAGGGUCUUGCUGUCACCCAGGCUGGAGUGCAGUGGUGCAAUCAUAGCUCAUUGCAUCCUCAGACUCCUGUGCUCAAGCCAUCCUCUUGCCUCAGCCUCCUGAGUAGCUGGGAUUACAGGUGGGUGCCACCACGCCUGGCUAAUCAAAAACAACAACAACAACUUUUAUAGAGGUGGGGUCCCGCUCUGUUGCCCAAGCUAGUCUUGUACUUCUGGCCUCAAGCAAUCUUUCCACCUGGCCUCCCAAAGCCCUGGGAUCACAGUCAUGAACCACCGCACAUGGCCUCAUUUUCAACAUUUUUAGGCAUAUAGUUCAGUGGCAUUAAGCACAUUCCGGUUUUAUGUACAACUACCACCACUAUCCAUUGCCAGAACUUUUUCAUCUUCCCAAACUGAAACUCUGUACCAUUUAAACAAUAGUCCCCAUUUUCCCCUUCUCUUAGCCGCUGGUAACCUUCAUUCUACUUUCUUCUGUAUGAAUUUCCCUAUUCUAGAUAUUUCAUAUAAGUAAGUGGAAUCAUGCAUUAUUUGUCCUUCUGUAUCUGGCUUAUUGCACUCAGCAUAAUCUUUUGAAGGUUCAUCCACAUUGUAGCAAGUGUCAAAAUUUCAUUCCUUUUUAACGGUUGUGUAGUAUUUUAUUGUAUAUAUACAACAAUUUGUUCAUUCAUUUGUUGAUGGAUGUUUAGGUUGUUUUCACUUUUUGGCUAUUGUAAAUAAUGCUAUGAACAUUGAGUACCUAUUUUCUUGUUUUUGGUGUAUAAUUAGGAGUGCAGUUACUGGGUCACAUGGUAAUUCUACGUUUACUUUUUUGAGGAUCUCCCAGACUCUCUCCCACACCUGCUAAGCCAUUUUACAUUCUCAUCAACAAUGUGCAAAUUUUUGCACAUCCUUGAUUUUUACACAUUGUUGCUGACACUUGUUAUUUUCUGUUUUGUUGACAAGAGCCAUCCUAGUGGGUAUGAAGUGGUACCUUGUGAUUUUGGUUUGCACUCAUUCCCCUAGUAACUAAUGAUGUUGAACCUCCUUUUAUGUGCUUAUUUGCCAUUUGUAUAUCUUCUUUGGAGAAGUGUCUAUUCUAGUGCUUUGCCUUUUUUGAAUUGGGUGGUUUGUUUUUUGUUGUUGUUGAGUUUUAAGAAUUUUUAAAUAUAUUCUGUUAACUUUUUUCUUUUUUGUCUCGAUUUCCUGGUGAUGAGAUAUAUUCUGGAUGUGUAUCCCUUAUCAGAAGUAUGAUUUGCAUAGAAUAUGGUUUUUAGUGAGGUAUUUCUUGAGAAACUACAUUUUUUUCCAUUUAUUUAUGUAAGUGUCUUUUCACAUCUAAGAUAAUUACUUAUGUGGAAUUCCAUAACAUAUGGUCAUGUAAAUAAAAGGAAUAAAACAUUUUUUAAAAUUUCCUGUUUCUAAAAACCCACCAAUUUUUGUUCACAUUAAUUUUAAAUAAAUCAUGGUUAGAAUAAAAGAUACCUAGCCAGCAUAAGAGAUAACAGUCCAGUGUGUGAUAUAACAUUCAAUGACACAGCAUUUAUUCUUCAAAUGAAAUUUGAAGGGCCAUUUGGCCUUUGUAGCUGUAGAAAUUUGAUCAGUGAAGAAAAAUUAGCUGCCAUUCCUGAGUCUUUGUUAUUUUUCCCUUGGUGUUCUCCUUAUUUAAAACUUCCGUUUAAGAGUUGUAAAGCAUGUAGAUUAGAAAUAAGAAUUUUUGUCCGGGCGCAGUGGCUCAUACUUGUAAUACUAGCACUUGGGGAGGCUGAAGCGGGAGGAUUGCUUGAGACAUAGCAAGAAAAUGUAGCAAGACCCUAUCUGUAUUUUCAAAACAAUAAACAAAACUUUUAAAAAAUAUAACAAAGGAUAUAAGUUUUUUUUUUUUUUUUUUUUUUUUGAGACAGGGUCUUGCCCUUUUAUCUAGGCUGGAGUGCAGUUGUACAAUCUCGGCUCACAGUAGUCUCGAACUCCCCAGCCUCAAGUGAUCCUCCCACCUCAGCCUUCCUAGUAGCUGAGACUAUAGGCCUGCAGAGCCACACCUGGCUAAUUUUUGUUUUUUUGUUUUUCGUUUUUGUUUUUGUAGAGAUGGGGUUUGGCCAUGUUGCCCAGGCUGGUCUCGAACUCCUGGGCUCAAGCCAUCUGCCCGCCUUGGCAUCCCAAAGUGCUGGGAUUACAGGUGUGAGCCACCGUGUCUGGCCGGAAAUAAUAAUUUUUAAAACGGCUCCAGUUCUGCCUUUUCAUAUUGAUAUAUUGAUUAGUAUUACUGAAAAUCUGGCAGUAACUGUAACUAACAAAAGAAGAUACUCAAAAGAAGUGUAAGACCUUUUGAACAGGAUAAGAAUGAUUAAGAUUUUCAGGAAGAGUGAAUUACAACAGAGAAAGAAUGGGAGUGGGGUAAAACAACCAAGUCGAUUUCAAGUAAUUAAAGUCUAGAUGAGGGUUUCUCAACCUCGACUCUGUUGGUAUUGGGAGCCCGAUCAUUCUCAGGGCUGUCCUCCAACUUGUAGGAUGUUUAACAGUAUCCCUGACCUCUGCCCACUAGAGGCCAGUGGCACCUCCCUCCCCCAGUUACAACAACCAAAAAUUUCUGCAGCCAUUGCCAGAUGUCCCGUGGGGGGCAAAAUCAUCUCCGUCUUCCCUCAGUGCUCAGUGUGAUAAGAGCCUGAGCUGAGUUCUAAUGGAAGAAUGGUGAUAAAAGGAUGAAAACAAGUGAAAUCUCAAGUAAAGGAAAAGAAGAAAAUUAUCAAUAAUUAAUAUGUAUUAAGCAUCUACUAUAUCCUAGGCACCACUGGGUGCUAUGCUAUGGUCAUUUAACAUAAAUAACAAUAAGAAUUUAUUGAACACCUCUUUUAUGGGAGAGAUUGGAGCUACAGAAAUGAGUAAAAUACUUGCUGCCUUUAAAGGCUUUGUUGUUCAAUAAAGAGACAAAUGGGCAAUAAAUUGUAGUUCCAAGUGAAAAUAGAAAUAUGUACAAGGUACUGACUGAGAAGAUAAUUUUAUUUGGGGGAGUCACAGAGUCCUGGGAUGUCUGAGCUGUGGUUGAAGGAUGAGUAGCAGUGUUGCCCCUUGGAGUGGGUUUUGCAGAUGAGGUAAUAAAUUGCCUAAGGCAAUGUAUUUGCCCAUGGCCUUUUAGUGGCUGAAUUGAAGACCAAGCAGGUGGCAAAGCUCUCUCCAGACUGUCACUGCCGUCCAGGGAAUAAAAGGCCCAGACCAUAAUUAAAGCUGGGGUGAUUGCAUAGGGCAAUUAUACAUUUUCCCUGAGGCUUGGAUAGAGCGAUUCGCACCUGGCAAAUCCCAGCGCCAUGCAAUUUUAGUGACAGUUUAUACACUUCACAUAUUGUUGUAAAUCAUUAUCCAGGCAAGGAAGAUCAAGAGUCGCAUAUCUAACUCCCACCAGGUAUCAGACUGCCUGCCAAGUUACAUUGACGACACAUUGUUGAUUUUGAAAAAAUCAAAUAAGAGGUACACUUGCAUCCUCUGCUUAACAAUUUCUUUAUUAACCAGCAGUAGGUGUGGUGUAAUGGAACCUAGAAACAGAUGGGACCAUAUGGCUUGAUUUGUGGAGUGGCAAUAUAUUGCUUAAUCUCUUACAUAGCAGUAUUUGCUAUGUAAGACAAAUAGUUAUUCAGUGGCAGUUUACAUAAUAUAUAUUAACAGUAGGGUGCUCUUUGGACUUCCAUAAUUAUUUAUAUUUUAAAUAUUUUACAUUGGAAAAGUAAAUAGUAUGCAUCAAAGAAAAUUACUAAUGAGUUUCUUAAGCUUUAUCACGUGUGCCCUGUAAUUCUGCUUUUUCUUCACUGGCUUCUGUUCCAUUAGCAACAGUAAUGUUCAGACUUGCUGAUGUGGCUGCCUGGUUAUUUAAUUUGACUAAAAGUGAUGUGUGAUAAUUGUGUUUAUUUAAGAUUUUGUUCAGAAUGUUUUUAAAAAGGUCACUAUGUUACUUUUGCAUUAUAUAUAGUAUGACUGUAAAAUUAACUUAUCUAGAAGAAUUACUUGUAUACACUAAAAGUUUUGGAGACUUUUGAGAUUAGAUGCAAAAGCUAUUUUCUCUCUCAGUUCAAAGAAAACAAUUCAUUGUUAUUCAUUCCAUUUCAUCUUACCUGAUAUUUUAUUUUUGAAAAAAAUGUUUAAUGUGAUAGUUACUGAUUUUUAGUUUUGGUACAUUUGAAAUACUAAAGACUGACUUGCACACAAUAGCUGCUGCUGUUUGCUCACUCUGCCAUUGAAGCCUGGAAAUGGCCCCUCCAGGCCGGGCGUGGUGGCUGACGACUGUAAUCCCAGCACUUUGGGAGGCCGAGGCAGGUGGUUCACGAGGUCAGGAGUUCAAGACCAGCCUGACCAAUGUGGUGAAACCCUGUCUCUACAAAAAAUACAAAAAUUUGCCUGGUGUGGUGGCGCGUGCCCGUAAUCCCAGCUAUGCAGGAGCCUGAGGCAGGAGAAUGUCUUGAAUCCGGGAGGAGGAGGUUGCAGUGAGCUAAGAUGGCGUCACUGCACUCCAGCCUGGGUGAUAGAGCAAGACUCUGUCUCAAAAAAAAAAAACCAAAAGAAAAAAAAAGAAAGAGCCCCUCGGCACUAGAGCCCAAGGUCUAGGCCUCCCCUCCUCCCUGCCAUGUAAACUCCUCUUUGACAGAAAUUACUUAGCCAUGGUAUUUUCUUCCACGCUUCUUAUACUCCCAUCCUCACGCUUAUCUCAGCUGUGGAUGACUUUAUCUUUUCAGGAGCCCACUCAUUCAUUUAGCAAACAUCAAACACAUAAUAUGUGUCAGGCUCUAUUCUAGGUGCUAGGGUACAGUGGUGAACAAAAUGGACAAACGUCCAUAUCCUAAUUGAGGCCAUAUUGUGCUAGGGAAAGAAACAAUAAAUAAUUUUUAAAAAGUAAAAUACAACACAACAUUGAAAAAAAGAACAAGGCUGGGUGCGGUGGCUCACGCCUGUAAUCCCAACACUUUGGGAGGCCGAGAUGAGCGGAUCACGAGGUCAGGAGUUCGAGACCAGCCUGGCCAACAUGGUGAAACCCAGUCUCUACUAAAAAUACAAAAAAAAAUUAGAUGGGCGUGGUGGCGGGCACCUAUAGUCUCAGCUACUUGGGAGGCUGAGGCAGGAGAAUCGCUUGAACCCGGGAGGCAGAGGUUGCUGUGAGCUGAGAUCGCGCCACUGCACUCCAGCCUGGGUGACACAGUAAGACUCCAUCUCAAAAAAAAAAAGAAGAACAAAGUUGAAGGACUCGCAUUUCCUAAUUUUAAAACUUAACUACAAAUAUACAGUAAUCAAAAUAGUGUGGUAUUGAUGUAAGAAUAGACAUAGAGAUCAAUGGAAUAGAAUUGAAAAGUCCGGAAAUAAACCCGAACAUGUGUGGCCAAUUGAUUUUUGACAAGGAUUUCAAGACCAUUCAAUGGAAAACAGUCCAGUUCUUUAUUCAGUGGAGAACAAUCUCUUCAACAAAUGGUGCUGGGGCAACUACACAGCCACAUGCAAAAUAAUAAAGUUAGAUCCCUACCUCACACUAGAUAUAAAAGUUGACUGAAAAUGAUCAAUAACCCAAACAUAACAGCUAAAACCAUAAACUUUUAGAAGAAAACAUUGGUAAAUAUUUAUAACCUUGAAUUUGGCAAUAGAUUCUUAGGAUACCAGAAACAUGAAUAACAAGACAAAAAGAUUUCAUCAAAAUUAAAAACUUGCAUGCAUCACAUGACAUAAUGAAAAUAAAAAGACAACAUACAGAAAAGGAAAGAAUAUUUGCAAAUCAUGUAUCUCAGGGUCUAUAUAUCCACAAUAUGUAAGGAACUUUUAACAAUGCAACAACAAAAAUACAACCCAAUUUUAAAGUGGGCAAGGGACUUGAAAUAGAUACUUUUCCAAAGAAGACAUACAAAUGGACAGCAAAUUUGCUCAGUAUCAUGAGGCAUUAGAGAAAUGCAAAUCAAAACCACAGUGGACCGGGCACAGUGGCUCAUGCCUGUAAUCCCAGCACUUUGGGAGGCCGAGGCAGGGAGAUCAUUUGAGGCUAGGAGUUCAAGACCAGCCUGGCCAACAUGGCAAAACCUCGUCUGUACUAAAAAUACAAAAAUUAGCGGAGCAUGGUGGCACGUGCCUGUAGUCUCAGCUACUUGGGAGGCUGAGGCAGGAGAAUCACUUGAACCUGGGAGGCGGAGGUUGCAGUGAGCUGAGAUUGCACCAUUGCACUCCAGCCUGGGUGACAGAGCAAGACUCUGUCUCAAAAAAAAAAAAAAAAAAAGGCCCAAAAAACAAAAAAGAAGCCAAACCCACAGUGAUAUAUCACUACAUAUCUACUAAGAUGCUAUAAAAAAAACAGAAACAGUGAAAAAUAAGUGUCAGUGAGGAUGUAGAGAAAUUGGAAUUUUCAUACAUUUCUGAUGGGAAUGUGAAGUGGUUCAGAUGAUGUGGAAAAUAGUGUGGCAGUCUCUCAAAAAGUUAAACGUAAAAUUACUGUAUGACCCAGCAAUUCCACUCCUAGGUAUAUGCUCGAAAGAACUGAAAACAGCUACUCAAACAGAUACUUUUGCACAAAUGUUUAUAGCAGCACUAUUCACAAUAACCUGAAGGUGGAAUAUGGACUAUAUCUAUCAAUUGUUUAUACACACACAGACAAACACACACAUAUAUGAUUCAUCACACAUAGUUUAUGGUUUCAUUUAUGUGAACAAUUCAGAAUAGGUAAAUCUAUAAAGACAGAAUGCAGAUUGGUGGUUGCCAGGGUCGAUGGGGAGGGAAGAAUAGGAAAAAACUGCUGAAUGUGUAUAGGGUUCUAUUUUGGAGUGAUCAAAAUGUUUUGGAACUAGGUAAAGGUGUUGGUUACAUAACAGUGAUUGUGAACAUAUUAAACGCCACUGAAUUGUUCAUUUUAAAAUGGGUGAUUUUAUGUUAGGUGCAUUUCACUUUAAUAAUUUUUUUAAAAUAAGUAAAAUAAUUUACAUUUGUGUGUGUGUGUGUGUGUGUGUGUGUGUGUGUGUGUGUGUAGUCAUAAUGACAGUUUUAGUGGUAAGUCCUUUCGGGAAAAAUAAAUCAGGAAAGGUUGAUAGUAAGGUAGGGGUGGUGGGGGUUUGCAGUUUAAAAUAAGAUAGUCGGCCAGGCGGGUGGCUCAUGCCUGUAAUCCCAGCGCUUUGAGAAGCUGAGGUGGGUGGAUCACGAGGUCAGGAGUUCAAGACCAGCCUGACCAACAUGGUGAAACCCCAUCUGUACUAAAAAUACAAAAAUUAGCUGGGUGUGGUGGCAUGCACCUGUAAUCCCAGCUACUCAGGAGGCUGAGGCAGGAGAAUCGCUUGAACCUGGGAGGUGGAGGUUGCAGUGAGCCGAGAUCACGCCACGGCACUCCAGCCUGGAUGACAGAGUAAGACUCCGUCUCACAAAAUAAAAAUAAAAAUAAAAUAAGAUAGGGAAGGCUUCACUAAGAUAUUUGAGUAAAGUCCCAAAGCAGAUGAGGGCAGCAGCCAUGUGUAUACUAACACGAAGAAUGUUGGAAAAACAGUAAGUGCUUUGAAAUAGUUGCAUACUUGGUAUGUUUGAGGGAAAGUAAGGAGGCAUUUGUGGCAGGAGUAGAGAGAGCAAGGGGGAGAGUAGAAGGAAAAGAAGGCAGGAAGGUAACGGAUUCGUGCUCAAGCAGGAUCAUUCUAAUAUGCCACCAGUACUGAGAAGUAGUGGUGUAGGACCUUGCAGGCCAUUGUAAGGCUUCUGGCUUUUACUUAGAGUGAAUCAAACCUUUGGAGAGAUUGGAGCAGGGAAAGAUUGUGACCCGACUUAUGUUUUAAUUGGGCCAACAUGGCUGUGGUGUUAUGAAUAGAGGGACUAGUGUAAAGCAGGGAGACUAUAGAAGGCUACUUUAAUAAUUCAAUGAAAUGUUCUGCUUCUGCUUUUCACAUACUACACAAUCUCAUCCAAACUAGUUUCCUUUUCCCCUCAUAUGCUGAUAAAUUUAGGAUUCCAUCCUUCAGUUCAGCCUCUCCUUUGAGCUCCGGACCCUGAACCCACCUACCAACUGAAUUCCAUUUUGAUAUUGUGCUUCCCCCAACUCUCUAUCCAGCUCACUACCUCAGACUCAGUAAAUCCAAGAUGGAUGUCUUUGCAUCUGUGUUACCCCCAACUUCAUUUAGUUCCUCUUGAAUUUGUCAUUUUCAUGAAUGGCAUGCUCAGGUGCCCAAGAAAUCUGGACUCUUCCUACUUUAUUGAUUCCUAGUCAAUAGUCAAGAUUUUUGCGAUAUUCUACAUACUUUUUCAUGUAAAUUUUAAAAUCACCCUAUCAACAUAUACAAAAAAGUACUGCUAGGAAUUUGGUCAAAAUGGCAUGGAAUCUGUAGAUUGAUUUGGGGAAAACUGAAAUCCUAACAUUAUUGAUUUUGCACAUCCAUGAACAUGGUAUAUUUCUUCAUUUAAUUUCUUUCUGCAGUGUUUUGCAGCUAUCAUUUUCGAGUUCUCCCUCCACCGCCCCACCUUUUUUUGGUUAAAUUUAUUUCUAAGUGUUUUAUGGUUUUUGAGCUAUUGUAAAUGUUUUCACUUUUUAAUUUUCCAUUUGUUUUCUGCUGGUAAAUAGGAAUGUAAUUGUUUUUGUACAUUUAUCUUGUAUCCUGCAAUUGCUAAAUUCACUAAUUAGUUUCAACAGUUUUUUCAAUUUUUUUUUGGUAGAUUUCUUUAGGAUUUCCUUACUUUGUUCUUUCUGUUGCCUGUGAAUACAGAAAAUUUUUCAUUUCUAAUCCUUAUGCUUGUAUUUGGUUUUGUUUGUUUGCUUUAUCGCACUGGCUAGGACAUCCAUACAAUCAUGAAUAGCAGUGGUGAGAGUAGAUUUCUGUACUUUGUUUCUAGUCUUAGGAGAAGUAUUCAGUAUUUCACCACUAAUUAUUAUGUUAGCUAUAGGUUGUAGUUACCCUGUACAGAUUGUGGAAGUUUCCUUCUAUUUCUAGUUUGGUGAGAAUUAAUAAUUUUUUAAAACUCAUGAAUGGGUAUUGAAUAGUGUCAAAUGUUUUUUUCUGCAUCUAUUAACAUGAUAGUAUGGCAUUUCUCCUUUAUUUUGUUAGUAUGGUGAAACAUGCUAAUUUAUUUUCAAAUUUAAUACCAGUUUUGCAUUUCUGUGAUAAACUUCAUUUGGUCAAAAUGUGUGUUAGUCCUUUCUAUACUGCUGGGUGUGAUUUGCUAAUAUUUUGUUAAGGAUGUGUACAUCUGUUUUUCUGAAUACUAUUUGUGUUUUCUUUUUUCUUCUAAUAUAAGAUUUUUGCAUCAGGGUUAUGCUAGCCUCAUAAAAUUAUUUGGGAACUGUUUGCUCCUUUGUAUUCUUAAGAGUAGGUGUAUAAUUUCUUCUUUAAAUGUUUGAUAGAGCUCUCCAGUGAAAUCAUGUGGGCCUGGUGAUUUUUCCUGGGAAAGUUUUAAAUUGUGAAUUCAGUUUCUUUAAUAUAUUUAAAGCAGUUCAAAUUUUCAUCUUUCUGUGUAGACCAACUAUGUUACCUACCCCUAAUAAGGGUAACCCACACCCUUAUUAAGACAUAGGACAUUUCAGCCGGGUGCAGUGGCUCACUCCUGUAAUCCCAGCACUUUGGGAGGCCAAGGCGGGCGGAUCACGAGGUCAGGAGGUUGAGACCAUCCUGGCUAACACGGUGAAACCCUGUCUCUACUAAAAAUACAACAAAAAUUAGCUGGGUGUGGUGGCGGGUGCCUGUAGUCCUAGCUACUCGGGAGGCUGAGGCAGGAGGAUGGCGUGAACCUGGGAGGCGGAGCUUGCAGUGAGCCAAGAUCGCACCACUGCACUCCAGCCUGGGCAACAGAGCGAGACUCUGUCUCAAAAAAAAAAAAAAAAAAAAAGACACAGGACAUUUCUGUUACCUUGGAAUGUUUCCACUAAUGAACUUUGGGUAAAUAGCUCCUUGUAAGUCAUGAACUGCAUGAAUUGAGCAAUUAUAACUGAAAAUGCAAAUGCAUUAUACCUUUUUUACCCAAUCAAGUAAGAGUUUUCUUUCAUUAGCAGUUUUCAAAAAAAAAUAGGAAUUUUUCUACAUUUUGUUUUUAUGAAAAGCAGGUUAUCAAAUUCUGCAUUAUUAUUUUUUAUUUAGGAAGAUGUUAACUUUCUAAUUUCCUCUGAAGAUAUCCCACAUUUUGUCAGUUGAUGCCAGUUUUCAAAUAGACAGUCAUGAAUAUAUUGUAGAUUUCAUGUACUGUGGGAGAGUCUCUUGUAUAGCAGGUUGAGCUUAAGCAGAAAGGGCUUUGCCACAGUAUGGAACACUAUGAAGCAGUUACCAAGAAUGAAGUAGAUUUAUGUCCUGGUAACAGAAAAUAUCCUCAAGCAAGUUGCAGAAUGCUUGAAUCUCUUUAAAAAUUCAAACUAAUGCUAUAUUUUUUGUAAGGACUUUAAUAUGUAAAGAUAUGCAGAGUUAAAUAUCUAUAAAUAAGUCCAAGCUAAUUUUAGUAGUCACACCAAAGAGUGCAUAAGGAUUUGGGAACUGUGGGUGAUGGUCAGAUGAGAUUUAACCUGAUUAUAGAAGUUUGAAUUUUCAUGAUAAUAGCAGAUUACCAUAGAACUUAUGUAAUUAGAACUGUGAAGGGCUGUGGCAGAUUUACUGAUGACUAGAGGGAAAAUGCCUCCAGAUUUUGUUUUUUGUUUUUGUUUCAGCAGUUACUUUGAAGCUGUUGAAAACCAGCUCAUAAAAUCUACACAUAGAGUGCUCUAAAUCUGUUUUUUUUUCAAAUUAUGGCAUAAGAAAGUAUUGCAAGUAAAGUUCAAAUGCAACUUAGAAUUCAAAUAAAAGUUGGAUAUUACUCUUGCUACCUCAAAACUUUAAAAACAUUAAGUACUUAAUAACAUGAAAAUGCUUGGAGUAUACCAUUCAUUGAAAUAGGCAGAAUAUAAGAUAUAUUUAUAAGUGAAUUAUUUAAAAAUGUUUAUUUAGAAAAAAGAAAUACACAAAAAUGUUAGUAGUGAUUGGUUUCUCUGGGUGGAUAAACAGUGGUUAUUUGAGCCUUCUUUUUAAGGAACUUUUCCAUAUUUUUCUAUUUUUUUGGCUUGUUUUUCAUUCACACAAAUUUCCGAGAAGGGAAGAGAAGAAAGAAAAUUCUUAGCAUUUACAAGCAUGCUACAGGGAAUUCUGGUGCUUUUUAACAGGAGAAUGGUAGGAUCAGAUAUGCAUUUUAGAAGUCUGGCAAUUUGUAGAAGAGAUUUGGGAGGUCUGGAGGGAGAUCAAGAAGAUGGAGAGGAAGAGUUGUGUUUGAAGGACGUUUAAUAAAUAAAAAAUCGGCCGGGUCUGGUGUCUCGCACCUGUAAGCCCAACACUUUGGGAAGCUGAGGUGGGUGGAUUGCUUGAGCCAAGGAGUUCGAAACCAGCCUAGGAAACAUAAAGAGACCUUGUCUCUACAAUAAAUCCAAAAAUUAGCUGGGCAUGGUGGCGUGUGCCUAUAGUCCUAGCUACUCGGGAGGCUGAGGUGGGAGGAUUGCUUGAGCCCGGGAGGCAGAGGUUGCAGUGAGCCGAGAUCGUGCCACUGCACUUCAGCCUGGGCAAAAGAGUGAGACCCUGUCUCUAAAUAAAUAAAUAAAUAAAUAAAUAAAUACUCAACAGGAUUGGCAACAGGGUGGGUGGGAGUAGAAUGAAAGAAUAAGGGAGAGGUUAAUUUUCCGCCUUUUACAUUUGUCAUUUUAAAACUAAGUCUUUUCAAAUCUAUUUUGUAACUGCACAUUACUUCUGAUUUAGGUAACAUAAAUAGGAAACUGCAGUUCUUCUCUUUCUGUGACAAUAACUUAAGUCUCUGCUUAGGUGGAAAUCCCAAUUUCAGGCUGACUUGGAAAAUACUAUUUAUUUCAAGUAGAUUAAUAUCUGAAUAUAAAAACUAUGAUGCAAAUCCUUCUAAUGUCUUCAACCUGAGUAACUUCACUGGGUAACAGUCCCUAGGCCAACUUAAAAAAAAAAGCACUGAAUUUCCUAUGCCUAGGAUUCAAAACUUCAUCUGUGUGCAGCCAUUAGCAAAGCAAUUUCUCUCCAAAUAUUGAAAUUCACAUUGAACACAUCUUUCUCUGAAAUUCUGCUUAAUUUCUAUUUAACAAUUACCCAAAUCUAAAAGAUCUUGUGAUUAUUGAGCAGAAUCAGGAUUUAUGCUAUAUCAGUGGUUCUCUACGAGGGUGACAGGAGAUAUUUGACAAUGUCUGGAGACAUUUUUGGUUGUCAUCACAAUUUGAUGGGAAUGUGUGCUACUGGCAUCUAUAGGUAGAGGCCAAGGGUGCUGCUAAACACCCUGUAACGCACAGGACAGCCCCUCCACACAAAUCUAGCCUCAGAUGUCAGUAGUUGAGAAACCUAUGCUAGUUGAGGUUGAGAAACCUAUGCUAGAUCUUUAGAUCGAUACAGAGAUGCAAGUGAGCUCAUGUUUUAGUAAGAGACUAAGGGGUUUCCUCUUAGUCAUGUCUAAGAGGAUAGGUAUAUCCACAUCACAGGGUUGUUUACAGUUAAGGAAAUCAUUGGUACAUAUGGGUAUAGAAAUUUGGGACUCAUUAGAAAAGGGGUGACCUGGGAACACUGAGGAAGAUGUAGCUUUGAGGAUUUAGGGUUGAUGGAGUGGUGGAGGAAUCUAACUGGUUAAUCUAACCUAAAGCUGACAGGUGCUGGCUGGAACUGACUGCCGGAGAUUGAGGUGAGUGCUAAGUAAACAGGCAGUUUGGAGCCCCUCACUACCAAACAAUUCGGGAAAACUGAUAGCCCUCCUUGCCAUGGAAGUGAAGGAGAGUGUGACAUAAGGGAAUUUGUCAUAAAUCAUGGCCAAGUAGUGUUCUUGGGGUGUGAGAUGUUUCUACAAGGGCUGGUUCACUGCUGUCUUUUUCAUGGCAUCAUUUGCAUUUCUCAGUGAGAUGUCACUUGGGGGCUAAAGGAACCACAGGCUCCAGGGGAGGUGGGGUUCUCCACUGGGACCUCAAUCAGCAUGAUGCCACACAGGAUAAGUGACAUAUGAUAAGUACAAAGCAUCGGGCAGGGGAUCAGGAGGACUCCAUGGAGGUGACUGGACCUAAAAGAGGGGAGAGGAAGAGGUCAGGAAGCAGAAAGACAGGAAUGAAGAUACGGAGCCAGGAAAGAGUUUCUAGUAUAUAACGAAUAAUUUCAUUCUUUGGCUACUCAUUAAUUGUUCCAUGUGUUAGUUUUGUAACUUUAUGAGUUGUUGUAUUAGUCUGUUCUCACACUGCUGAUAAAGGCAUACCAGAGACUGAGUAAUUCAUAAAGAAAAAGAGGCUUAUUGGACUCGUAGUUCUGCAUGGCUGAAGAGGCCUCACAAUCAUGGUGGAAGGCAAAAUGCAUGUCUUUCAUGGCGGCAGACAAGAGAGAAUGAGAGCCAGGCGAAAGAGGAAACCCCUUAGAAAACCGUCAGAUCUCAUGAGACUUAUUCACUACCAAGAGAACAGCAUGGGGGAAACUGCCCUCAUGAUUCAAUUAUCUCUCACCAGGUCCCUCUCACAACAUGUGGGAAUUAUGGGAGCUCCAAUUCAAGAUGAGAUUUGGGUGGGGAUGCAGCCAAACCAUAUCAAACCAUAGUGGUUGCCCAAUAAAUACUGUUCUUAACCUUCUUAUUCAUUGUUCCAACACUAUUCUAGUUAUGGAUUAAAAUUCUUAUUUUUUCUUAAUCUUUGAACUUUUGUUGAACUUAUAUCUGAUAAGAAAUAUUGUUAACAGCAGGGACCAUGUUAUAUAAAAUUGUCUAGGAUUUUGUUUUAAAUUAAAAUAUUUUAUUUUGUAAUAUUUGAUACAUUCGAAAGAAUAUGUAGCACACUUAUAAAAAUUAUGGAAUAUUAUAAUAAUAUAACACAUAAUAUAAUAGGACAGUAUAACAUACUAAUGCCACAUCUUCUUGUUGGGCUACUCCCCUGCCUUCUGCUCAGAAGCAUUAAUUUCUGAAUUCUGUGUUUUUAUUGUCUUGAUUUUUAAAAUGAAAUUUAAUCACAUAUGUAUCUUUAUAUAUAUAUAAAACUCCCCUUUCACAGAAUAUAUACAAUAGUUUCUUUAGGGAAGUGGCUUUCAAUUUUUUAAAAAAAACUAUGAUCCAGUUGGACAUAUACACAAAUACCUCUAUUCAUGUCUUCAAAAACUUCAAGAAGUAGAAUUUUUCCCUACUAUCAACAAUGACUGAUAAAAUCUAGUCCAUUUUUUAAAGUGCUGGUUGAGAUCCAAUGAAUUGGUUUCAUUAAUCAUUUCUACUUGAUGUUUAGAAACUAGCCUAGGUUAUAUACUUUGUUGUGGAAUUGCUAUGUCUUAUACAAAUUUCAACUUUACAAGAUAAUGGCAAAUUAUUUCCACAGUUCUUGAACCAACUAUUUCUAUAAAUUCUUAUUAUUCACAUUCUUAUCAACACUUGCCAAUCCAGACCAAAUUUAAGUUUUCUACAAGAAGUCUAUUAAAUUAGUAAAUUAUAUGAAGAUAUUUUAAUGAUUUUUACUUAUAUUCUAAUUUUAUAACUAAACAUUUCUGGCCCAAAAAAGUGCCAGUGUUUCUAGAAGACUGGAGAAUGCUGAGUUGUCCUUUAUUCUGAUUGAGAUUUUGCAUAGAAUGUCUUCACAUUUUCUUUUCUUAAAAGUACUUCUUGCUUGUUAUUGUCUUUGCUUUGCUGCUCAAGAUUACAGCUAUUGAUCUAUCUCAGUUGUGGCUUUGUGCUGGAUUAUUUUAAAGUUAAGCAUCACUGAUAAGUUAUCUACUUAGUAAAACUUAAACCUACUGAGAAAACAGCUCGGUCGUUCCUGAUGUAGUCCGAUCCAUUUCACUCUCAGAAGACUGGAAUGUUUAUGGACAGUUGGUGAUGUCAACUUUAAAGGACAAAUGAUGGUUAAAUUUAUACAAGCAGAUGGUUUAGCGAAAAAUUUUGGUUGAGUUUGUCAAAAUGUGGUUUUUAAUAUCUGAAGCGACACAGGAAGAACUUAGUGUAGUUAGUUUGUGGGCUUUGCCAUAAUUUUUAAGGUUGAGAAUGUCUUUACUGAUAUUUUCUUUGCACUUGGCUAGGGUGGUGCUUUGAUAGGCUGGUGUAUCCUCUUUUGGCUUUUGCUGUGUUUCAUGACUCCUUAGCACAUAAAAAUCUACUUGUUCAUCUACAUUCAGUGAGUAAAUCGACAUAGGAAGAAUUUUUGCUCUGCACGAUGACCAACUUCAUUAUUCAUGGGAUAUGUAUCCUCCGUGACUUUGUAAGGUUCUUUCCUUAAUCUGUCUGACCUGAGUGGCUCCAGUUUAAGUUUUCAAGUCAGUGGUAGAAUGAAGCCUAGUCACCCAUUAAUACCAUUUUAUGUAUAUUUCAACAAUACUACCAUCGUCAUUGACAAAAAUAUUUCAACGUGGUCUUGUACUCUGUCAUUUUCUGUGUGUUUUUCUGGCUUGAGAAGGUACAGAGCUCAUUAGAAUGGAUGAGCUCACCCUUACUCCAGGACAAAUUCAGUUUUUGGUUUUGUUUUGUUUUUAAUUUCUGAAAUUCUUUCCCAACCUUAAGAAUCUAAACUGCAAAUCUAAAGAAGUGCUUGUUUGUGUGGUGGGACUGUAGCAUUUAACAGAUGCCAGAUGGAAGGAGCAGAUGAAUGAUUGUGCAGCAGGAAUAAGGCCUAAUUGUUGUCAUUUCCUCAGUUACACCAUAACUGCAUUUUCAGACUUCCACCUGGAGAAAAAUAUAGCAAGUUGGAUUAGCUCGAGCUUAUGCCCUAGGGUCCAUCCAGCUCUGACCUAGGGAACCGGGAAGCUGUCCUGUGGGUGCCAGUUACAGAUUCUGGGGCUUACCAGGCCGGGUGUAAUGAAGAAAAUACAUUACUUCUGGCCUGGCCCAGAGUUUUAGACUCUCUACAAUGAAAUCACUCUGUUGCCACCUACGUUUAAAUAAAAACAAUAUAAAACAAAGCAACACAUCUCCCCCUUCACCUAGUAAACCAUUUAGUAAGGCCAGAAAUAGCACCUCCCCAAUAUUUUAUUACAUGUUUAAGACUCUGAAUAUUUGAAGCAGGCUAAUGGCAUCAUGACUUAGAGUUCUUAUUCCUUAGGCAAUGGAGAUUUUGAAUCUGGGAAAGUAUAGCUCAUGCCACAGCACCCAGUGCAUGACAGAGUCUCAGUAAAUACUUGUUGACUGAAUCAAAGAAUGAGUGAAAGUGUUGAGAAGUAUGUCGGGAUAGCUUCUGCAAGGAGGUUUUAAAGGGCUUUUUAGAAAUAAUCUCUACUCCUAAGCACAAGGAAAGAUAGUAACAUGUUUUUAGUAGGACUAGGCAAAAUGGCCAUUCAUUCUUCUUAGGAUUUGUAUUUCUCAGAGGACCAAAGUGGGAAGGAGGAAAAGCGAAAGGUCAUUUGUUGGGUUUACCACCAUGAACUACAGGCUGGAGUGAAGUUAAUACAUUUUCUAAUAAGCCCCAUAAAAGUGGCUUGUGAGUUAGCAUAUGAGAGAUUCUGAAUGAAAAAUAGGGAACGUUUUGAAGAACAUGCUCUGUAGUCUGUGUGGUGUGUCUGUGAUGCACUGUUCCUGCUCUGCCACCAGCUCACAUUCCUCCUGUUUUGGCUGAACUGCAUUGAUUUUGAGAGAUGGGGUCAUGGGGGUGUGGAGAGGGGAGAGUGGGGGGUGAGAGAAAGGGAGAGAGGGUACGAGUGCAUACAUGUGUGGUUGGAGGGGAGCUCAUUUCUCUGGUUCCCAAACAGGCAUCCGAGUUUAAAAAGGGCAUCCAAACUCUCCUGAGGUGACUUUACAACAAUGAGAAGAAAGUUGAAUGUGCCUAGUUACCUGCAAAACCAAUUUUAAACAACUACUUUAAACAAAGAGAAAUAUCUCUUCCAAAUUCAAGCUGAGCUGUUCCACCUGGGUAUUCUCUGAUAUUUAGAAAAAUACAAUUUAUCUGUUUUCUGAAGGACAUGCUGGGAACAUUGAAAAAAACUGGUUCAUUGACUACAUCAGUAAAAUACUACUUGCUGCAUUUUUUACCAAAAAGCUGGAACAGUUGUAUAAUUCUUAAAGUUUUAAGGAUGCUUGGUGUUUUGAUGGGCAAAGAGUUAUAAAGCGUCCUCAAAACUAAUUUGAUUUGUUUUACAGUUUGCUUAACAGUGAUAUUCUUCAGUGCCCUUCCAGAACAUGUAGAUGAAAAGAUAAGCACAAUGCAUUUUAAAAGUUAGAGUUAUAUUUUGGAAGUAGAAAUGUAAAUUGAGAUCUCUUAAUUUUACUAAAGGGUAUAGAUUUUUUCUGACCAAAAAAUUAAAUAUGCCUUUAGAAAACAAAAAAGAAAGAAAAAAAAUUAGAUAUGCCUUUCGAAGUAAAAUUAGCAGUUACACAGCAAGAGCUUGAUGUAAAUGUUUAUUGAAUAAAAGGAUAUUUAUUCCUGAAAAAGCUGUCUGUGAAUCAGAUUUUUGUAAAUUGAAUCAUAUUUUUACAUGUAUUAUUACUUAUUUCAUAAGACAAAUACUCUUUCCUAAGUUUAUAUUUUUGAUAUACUUAGAUUUUCAUGGGUCAGAAUUGCUGGAGUAAGGACACCUUUUGAUGUUGCAUAAGAUCUGGGGUAUUCUUUUUGAGGUUGCCGAAGUAUAAGAGGUUUGGUUCUUUUUAAGGGCAAUCAUUAUUUACCAGAUGAUAAACAAUUCAAUAAAAAUAGAUUUCUAAGGAUCUACAUUUUGUAAUUGAUAAUCAUUCAUGCUAAAAUAGUUGGCCUUGAUUCUGUUCUCCUUGAGAAUGUGGGAUGUUUUAUAAACACAUUAAGAGUUACAAAUAGAGUAGGGCAGGAAGAAAUGAUUUCAUUGUCAGUAAUGUAAUGAUAUAAUUUUGUGUAUACAUAAAAUUUCAAUCAAAGCAGUCUAAUAAAAAUAAAAAAGCCUGUUAGAGGGAGAUCUAUAUUAAGAAUUGUCUUUAAGUAACAUGGGCUGCUUUGUUCUAUGAGUUAAAGGCCCAUUUUGCUUCUGUUUUCUCAUUUGUCUGCUGAGUUCUUGCGAUUUAAGUAGAGUUUUAGGACAAGUAGGAGCUCGUGAUGAAUGGAUUGUCCCUGUUAGAAAGGUGGUCACUACCUGCUGUCUAACUGGAAAGUGCAAGACUUAUCUUGAGCAUGAAAGAAACAUGGAGCCACAUUUUAAAGUAAAUAGCACACAACUUUCUGAUGAAUACAGGAAACCCAGUGUUCCUGUGGUCUUAACAAGAGCUGGACCAGAAUAUGUGGGCACCCCAGAGACACUAAUCAUAUUAUACUGCUUCAAAGCAUUUUGAGGAAGGGUGGGAAAAAAUGAAUCUUUGCUAAUAAAACGUUUAUUCAGGAAUAAAUUCAAUUAUGAUAUUUCUUCUGAAGCAGAAUCAGUGUUUGGAAAGACAGUGGGCAACCUGUUUCCCACUCUUCUGCAGUCCUCUUCUCAAUUUCCUAUUGUGAUUUUUCUGACUUGGGAGGCAUUUUUCAGUUGAUAUAAAAUGCAAACUGAAAUGUCUUCCACCCUUCUUCUCCUCUGGCCAUGUUCCCUUUCCAAAGGCAACAAAUGUGGUCAGUUUCAUGUGCGUCCUCUCUGGCACAUGAAAGUGUUUUCCCUUCCUCUCUAAGCUAUUAUAUUAAAAGGGUUCAAAGGACAAUCAAGUUAAUCACAUCCUUUAGUAAAGCACACAAACACUCUGUAUUCCCAUUUGAGAAUGUCUCCCCACUUCCUCACUUCCAGGUGCCAAGUGUCAUGCACAUCACAAAACAUAUUUAGGAGUGUUGUUUUUUCCCACUUGAGAGCACCGCCUACUUUCAUCAUAACGUGAUCAGUGUAUGAUUUGGGAGUUGACUGCAGUGAUAUUUUUGCAUCUGUUAUACAUAAGUGCCCAAAUACUUGCCUGGCUCUUCUGCCUCUUUAUCCAGCUCUGGUCACCUUCUGUAUCAUAAAGGUGAAAAGAGCCCAGCAGUAAGCUGUAUUAGUCCAUUCUCACACUGCUAUAAAGAAACAGCCUGAGACUGGGUACUUUAUAAACAAAAGAGGUUUAAUUGACUUCCAGUUUCACAUAGCUGGGGAGCCUCGAAAGGGAAAUUUACAAUCAUCGCAGAAGGUGAAGGGGAAGCAAGGCACAUGUUACAUGGCAGCAGGAGGGAAAGAGAGAAGGGGGAAGCGCGAGACACUUACCAAACAACCAGAUCUCAUGAGAACUCAUUAUCACGAGAACAGCAAGAGGGGAAUCUUCCCCCAUGAUCUAAUCACCUCCCACCAGAUCCCUCCCUCGACAAGUGGGGACUACAGUUCAAGAUGAGAUUUGGGCGGGGACGCAGAGCCAAACCAUAACCGUAACCAACUCUGGUUGCAGGCUGAACACCCUGAAACAGCAGUGCUCAUUUAUUCUGAGAGUGGAGCUCCUUUUUCUGAAACUCCUCAGAGUGGGACCCUUGCAGUGACUUUGUUGUCAGCCCUUCUGGCAGACGGGCCCCUGUUGGAGAUUGCCUUUUGUUUUCUAUGCAGAACACACCUCUGCUUCCCCACACUGUGGCUACUUCCUACCUUUUCCUUGCUCCUCAAAUCUGUCACCCCUCCUGCUGCCUGUCUCACUAACUUCUCUGCAACCUUGGAGUUUUCAGAGGGAACACCCUCAUCAUCCUGUGACCAGAUAGACAAACCUGCCUGUAUCUGCUCCCGUUUACUCCUCUUCCCUUCUGUUGUCCCACUUCUAUCUUUUGCCACAUGCAUCUCUCCUUUUUAUGGAUAAUCAGCAAAAUGAGUAAGAGUCUCUCUAGAAGCCUCAUCUUUAAACAAAACACACCACACUGACCUUACCUUCCUAGUAACUACCACCUCUGCCAGGUCUCCCAGCUCUCUCAUGUGUCCUUCUACAUUGUUUUCUACUUGCUCCCCCAUCUGAUCUGUUCUCCAUAUAAGCAGCUAGGAUGAUCACUUAAAAAUGAUCAAGUCGGCCAGGCGCAAUGGCUCACACCUGUAAUCCCAGCACUUUGGGAGGCCGAAGCGAGCGGACCACCUGAGGUCAGGAGUUCGAGACCAGCCUAGCUAACUUGACGAAACCCCAUCUCUACUAAAAAUACAAAAAUUAUCUGGGUGUGGUGGUGUACACCUGUAAUCCCAGCUACUCAGGACACUGAGGCAGCAGCAUCACUUGAACCCAGGAAGUGGAGGUUGCAAUGAGCUGAGAUCGCGCCACUGCACUCCAGCUUGGGAGACAGAGGAAGACUCCAUCUCAAAAAAACAAAAAAAAAAGAUCUAGUCAGAUCAUUUAACUUCUUUGCUUUUCAAACCCAUUCAAACUGGACAUGGUGGCUCAUGCCUAUAAUCCCAGCACUUUGAGAGGCUGAGGCAGGAAGAUCACUUGAGUCCAGGAGUUCAAGACCAGCCUGGACCUCAUCUCUACAAAAAAAAAAACAAAACAACAACAACAAAAAACCCAUUCAAAGGCUCCCCUUUGCACUUUAGAUAAAACCCAUUUUCCAUAUGCUGCUUUCCAGCUCCAGCAGGACACUCGUGUCUUCUCUUGCCUCACUUCCAGCCACUCACACCCUUGCCCACUCUUCCUUGGCCACAGUUUUUCCUCCAGUUGCCCAAAUGCAUGGAAUUCUCUCCACCCCUGUGCCACCCUCUUGGCAUCUUUCUCUGGAGGUCUCACUCUACAGCCCCUGGAGUGGCCGCACUUUCUCGUCCUCUUGAUCUCAUUGUCACCUCCUCAAGGGGUCUUCACCAGAAGUCGAAGCAGGUCCCUGGCCCCACAAUCAUGUUUGUUCCUGCAUAAGAUUUCAUGGCUUGUUAAUAUUUACAUGUUUCAUAUCCAGACAGUUUCUAAGCCCUGUAAGGGCAAGGGCCAUGUCUGCUUUGCUCCCCACUGGGCAGGGCCUGGCACAUGAUAGGCAUUCAUAUCAGGGCCAUUUGCUGAGGUAUGUGAAUGAGUGAAUGGAGGCUGACAUGCAGCUCAGCUCGGGUUUGUCCUUUCCUUUAGGAGACAGAGCCAACCUCUCUGUUGUGCUUCAUGCCCCUUUAGAGCCACAACGUUUUGGAGAUUGAGGAGAUCUUGGAGGGCUUCUCUCUCACAUAUCCGCCAUUUGGGCUCCAUCUCCCAUCCUCCUGCAUUUCAGUACAGCUCAGGCCCAGCCUUGGAUUCAGGGGGUCUUUUGCUGUCCGUCUCGCCUUGUCAGGGGACGCACCCAUGUGGCUUUCCUCCCAUGUCCUUUGGGAGCGGGAUUAUGGUGCAGUGGUUUAGGAUGUAUGGAGCCAAACUGCAGGGGUCUGAAUCCUGGCUUACUAGUGGUGUGACCUUUACAAGAUACUUAAUCUCUGUGUUCCUUGGUUUCCUCACAUGUCAAGUGGGGUUAAUGAGCACAUGCAGCUGUGACAGUGAUUCGGUGAGUAAAUGUACUUAAGGCACUUAUCAUGAAGAUAGUCAAUAUGCGUUGGCCAUCUGCCUCUCUCCCCUCUACGUUCUUCUCAUGAUCUCCAUGCACUGUAAUCCUUCCAGGCUCUUCCCAGUACCCGCAUAGUGAGAAUAGUCAGCUACUCUCUACAGUCCCUUUAGCUUAGUCCCCUUCUCACUCUUACUUUCUCCUUUUCCCCCUUUUUCUAAUUCAGUGUUGUUGUUGUUUUUUUAACCUUUUGGGGGUCACCGGCUCUUUUGAGAAUUUAAAGAAGAAUACCUAUGGACUGUUGCCUUAGAAAAACUCAGUAUUUGUGCAAUCACCCAAAAUGAGCAUACAAUUCAAAUGUCCACAGAUGCCUUGGAAUCUCUCUACAGCCCCCUAGAUAGAGCUCCCCUGUCUCUGUUGUCUUCUUUGGUGCUGUGGACCAAAGGUAUUCCACCCAGAAAACUAGAACUGACCCUUCAUGGAUAUUUAGGAAACCUCAGAAUACAGCUAGAAAAGUCUCCUUCCAGAAGGUGAAAUUAUGAUACCAUUUCUAUGUGUAUCCAACCGCAUGGUACUAAACGGGUAUAUGCAUAAAGUGAUUAUGUCUUAUAAUACAGCUUAUGAUUGCUACUCAUUUGGGACAUAUGGGAAUGCCAGGCUACUUUAAGUGAGGACAAAUUUGAAUUAAAUAUACGUGUGUGUGUGUGUGUGUGUGUGUGUGUGUGUGUGUGUAUGUUUUAAGCCCAGUUUCUUCUCAAGUUGUACGGUAAUAAGACAUGAUAUAUGUGUGCCAAUGGUGAUAAUAACAGCCAGCUGUUUUCUAGAUAGAAGUCCUUUUGGACAUAGUUUUAUACUUGUGUGUAAAGUAUAAAUAAGUUAUUAUAAAGUAAAAUAAGCAUUUAUUAUGGCUGUAUUAAUUACCAGUAUACAAAAAGUGCUGCAGAAAUAGUCUAGAUAACAGUAUGUUUCUUGGAGGGGGUUAAAUGUUCCUUCAGCAAAUGUGUUCACUUUGUAAAUUGGUUAGUAAACUGUUUUAUAGAUACCAAGGUAUACUUAAUGCUGGUCAUGGAUUAGAGGGUCAAAAUUGAUAAGUUUGAAAAAUUAAAAGACAAAAACAAAUAAGUAAAUCAUGAUGUUUUAUCGGGGUGAUUGUUUCUGGACUAGGCCCUCGCAGAACAAACAAGUGCUCCCUGACCCCCUGGGCUGAGCGCAUUGUGCACCCUGGUAGGUGAUGGAGGCCUUGGCCACAUUGACCCAAAAGCAGUGCCCGUGAAGGAUUGCUCAAAGGUUCCAUGUGCCCAGGGCUUAGGAAUGCUCCAUCUCAAACGGUGUUUUUAAAAUUGUAUUUUCUUCAGGAUUAAAAUCACCAACUGAACCUUCCAAGGAGACCAACUGAGUGGAAAUCAUCUUCAGUAACUGCUAAUGGGAGCUGGAUUUAAAACCGUCAACUUAAAGUAAAAAAGCUUAUGUCUCCUGUACUGUUACCCAGCUGGGUAAAUUGUUUUUUAGUGUGGAAUUAUGUACACUUAAAUCAUGGUGUAUGCAUGUGGUCAGCGCUGCUUUUCUUUUAAGUGGGCUUGUUUAUUUAAGAGACUCGAAAAUGAGAAGUUGUUUUCUUACUCAGUUGGGGUUUAUUGUAAAACUCAAUGCCAGAAAAAGAAAAAAGUACUGUUUUUAUGCUGCAAGUGUGUGAAGUGUGUCCUUUCCAAAGAAAGGACAGUCAUGGUGUUUUUUCUCUCUGCCCAAAGAAGGAAAGCUGUAAGGGCCAGCAGGAGGCUUUGUGGGGGAUCUGGGCUUAUGAACGCUAAUCACGCACUGACCAAUGGUUUCAAACACAGGAACGCCCAGUAUAUGUUUUUAUUUUUAUUCCUUUGCAGUAAUUAAUACUAAAAUGAAACAAGUAGCUGGAGAGCAAAGUGGGAAUUGGUUCAUGUUGGUAGAUGAUAUUUGUUAUUAACAGGGUCAGUUUGAUAGCCGUGUCAGAGUUGUUGUUUUGCCCUGCUCUGUGCUAUGAAGUGUCAUGAGUGAAGGUCGCGCUCAGACUGCUACAGGUAGUCCCAAUAGCAUCAAAACAGCUGAGCAAGUCUUGAGAUCCCAUGUGACACAUCCAGCCAACAGCCAUGGAGUCCUGGACCCAUCGCUCAGAAACACCCUUCCCUGGAGACUGAGCCUUGUCUUGAUCUGCAAAUGAGGAGGGGGUGAAGUCCAGAGAGACAGCAUGACGUGCCUAAGAGCACACAGUUGAUCUGUGACAGGGAUACACGAUUUUCUUACAAAAGUGAGACUAUACCACACCAAAAAAUCUUAGAAAAUUAUCCUAAUCCACCACAGUUUAUAUUUUUAUUUUUUGUUAUUUUUAUUAUUUUUUGAGACAGGGUCUCCCUCUGUUGCCCAGGCUGGAGUGCAGUGGCACAAUCAUGACUCACUGCAACUUCCGAUUCACAGGCUCAAGCCGUCCUCCUGCCUCAGCCUUUCAAGAAGCUGGGACUACAUGUACCCGCCACCACGCCCAAUUAACUUUUGUAUUUUUUGUAGAGAUGGUGUUUCACCAUGUUGUCCAGGCUGGUCUCAAAUUCCUGAGCUCAAGCCAUCUGCCCGCCAAAGCCUCCCAAAGUGCUGGGAUUACAGGCGAGAGCCACUGUGCCUGGCCAGUUUAUUUAUUUAUUUUUAACUGUGAUUUAAAUCCUUUUAAGUGCAGCCCAGUUAUCCUCUCAGGAAUCUUUCCAGACUUUCCGCCCCCUCAGGUUGGGCUCACUUAUUGUUUGUUUCAUUCUUCUUUGCACUUUUUGGAAAUGUAGUAACUGAGAGAAAUAUUAAUCGCCCCUCCUGUUUUUGCAACCAGUUUUUUUUUCAGUGAAUGCUCUGAGGGUGCUCUGUUUUGUUAUGGUGAACCUGGGCCGUGGAGUUAUCAGGAGAUGAGUGUAGGUUAGAGCUUAGAGUCUGUGGGCAUUUCAGUUCUCUGACAAUGGAAAGCUGUUCGGAGCCAGGUUGACACAACUGAACAAACUUGCACUGUUAAUGUCAGGGCGAUGACCACCUGGAGACAAACAGGGAGGCCCUUUGUUCUACUAGUGGCUAAAACAUUAUAGGAAUGAGAAUGAAUAACCUUUAUGAACCCUAAAGUGCACUGCCUGGACAAAUAGAAACAACCUAGACAAGGAAAUGAGGUCUCUGCCAUCCAGGCCGUAGUGUAGUGGUGCAGUCAUAGCUCACUGCAGAGUCAAACCCCUGGGCUCAAGUGAUCCUCCCACCUCAGCCUCCUGAGUAGCUGGAACCCAGGCUGUAAGCCACCACACCUGGCAUGAUUCAUUUUUUACAAUUAAUUUUUCUAUUAAAAAUAUGCCAAGCAUACAAACAAGCAUAGAAAAUAAUAUUUGGAACAUCUGUAUACCCACCAGUCAGCCUAAUUAAAAUCUUUUCGAUCUAUUUCUAGCCUACCUGGAGGCCACUGUUAUGAAUUGGGUGUUUAUCACUCUUGAAGUUCUGAGUUUAACUCUUUGGGGCCUCCCUCAAUGCAAGGGCCUAUGUUUAAUGGGACAGGAGCGGUAUCUUGCAGCAGUAAAAUCACAGUUUUGGAACUGUCGUGAGACCACUGUAAUGAUUUGAAAUGUGUCAGUGAGAUCGGUCUGCAGAGACCCGAGAUGUUUCAGACCCUAGAUUCAUGACUAGUUGGGAAUUCCCCAAGGGAUGAGAAAGUGUGGUGGCCACUGAAGGUCACUCAUCAAGGGAAACCUCAGACAGACAGUUUGAAGAAAAAUGUAUAGUUUAGGAGUAGUGCUUUUCAAACUUUUUUAUUGUAACCCAACUUAACAAGUAAAUUUUCCAUUGUAACCCUGGACACAUACACCACACACACAUACACACACACACACACACAACACAUACCUGUGAAUGAAAAUUUUUCAUGAAAUGAUUAUUAUUAUACUUAUUUUUUGUCAGCUGCUCUGCAAUAAAGUCUGUUUUGUUUUGUUGUUUGUGCAAAAGCUGUUUUGUUCCAAUGAAUUGAUUUCACAUGCCAUUGGUAAAUAGAAACCCACAGUUUAAAAAAACGAACCAAACAAAACCUGGUUUAGGGAACUGUUGUAUGUGGAGCAAAAGUUUCUAAAAGGUGUAUUUGGUUUAACUCUGCUGAGUGUUUUUAUAAAAAGCUUUUCUGUAUGACUGACCUCAGCUUAAAGAUCUAUACCACAACUUACUAAUAAUGAAUUCCAUGUAAAACUAAGCAGAAUUCACAACUCUUUUGGGGUUCAGGUUAUUCUAUCAUGAGACUUCUCCUUAAAGCUUCUAACCCUCUUCAGCCAUUGCUUUAAGGCAGCCUGACUAGAUUAAGUAAACAGAACUUGAACACAAUGACUUAACUAUACUUUAUAAAUUCAUGAUUGUUAAGCCACAGAAUCAACCUUUCCAAAUAAAACUGAGUGUAAGUCAAACUGCCAAGCGAAAAGAGCAGCUAUGGAGCUCUCAACUCUCCCUUUUGUCAUAGUUUAUCUCUGUACAAUGCCAGAUAAAGCCCAGAUGAGGAAUAAAGUGAUGUGACUAUUGCUUUAUACUUAUUAAAUCUCAUCCGUUAUUGUGGGACCAUGCUGCCAUCCUCCUCACCUGAGGUGCCCGAUAAUGGUCACCCUAGCGGGGGGUUAUAAGGCACCUUUGUUCGAAAGAAGUUUAUAGAAUUGGACUCAGAAAGGUACAGCUUGCCCUCCAGGGAAGCAAAGGAGAAAAUUAUAUUUAAUGCAUAUUAAACAAACAAUUGUUGGAGAUUAUAAGCUACAUCGAUUCCAAGAUCCCAAAAUACUUGAGUCAGCUUACUCCAAAAUGUUACCAGCCAGCCACUUUAAACAUUAAUGAGGUAGCUGGUUUCUAAAAUCUGGAAGGAGGAGGAGGUUUUGUUUAAGCCAACUAUUUCACAGAAGAGGAAAUACAGUUCUACCUCAGGAAAUUUAAAUGAGACUGCUGAAUAACCUGGAAAGAACAUCUCCUGUGGAUGACAGGGCAAAGAAGAAUUAAGCUGAUUUUAGGCCAAAUAACAAAUGUGACAGCUGUGCUUUUUUGUGUAUGUAUUGGUGUGUGAUAGUGUAUAAUUUCUGGAAAAGCAGUUCUCAUGCAUUUGGGUCUUGAAAAUUUCCACUUUUAAAAAUUAUUGAGAACUCCAAAGAACUCUUGCUUCUGUAGGCUGUAUCUAUCAAUUUUUACCAUUUUAAAAAUUGAAACUAAGAAAUUUAAAAAAUAUUGAUUGAUUCAUUAAAAAACUGUAUUAACAUAAAAUAUUUUUAUUUAAAACAUUGUUUUCAAAAAAGUUAUUGAGAAGAGUAUUAUUGUUUUAUAUUACUGCAAAUCUAUUUAAUACUUGGCUUAAUAAAUGGCACCUAGAUUGUCAUCUGUUUCUCCAUAUACUCUAUUGUGUUAUGUUGUUUUGGUUGAAGUAUGUGAAGCGAAGUUAGUUCACACAAAUAAGUAAUUGGAAAAGAGAGAACCUCAUAGUCCCCUUAAAAGGAUCUCAGGGACUCCCAGGGAUCCUUGGGGCACACUUUGAGAGCCACUGUCCUGAAAAGUAGUUUGGAAGACUAUGUUAAGAAUGGCUGUCCAGGAGUGGUGAGAUUAUUCACGAUUCUUUUUUUCUUUUCUUUUCAUUAGUAUUUAUUUUCUACAAGAAGAUGGAUUGCUUGUGCAAACUAAAAAUGAGAAAGAAAGAACAUACUCAUGUUGAGGGCGGAUUAUGGAGGCCCUGGAAAAACCCAGGCAGAGGAGUUUACACUUGGGAGACCAAGGAGCCACUGUCAUUUCUUAAAUGGGAAAAUGAUAAGAGCUGUGUUUGGGAGUAAGUGAAUUCGAAUUGAAAGAGAGAAAGAGAGAUGCUACUUCAGAGAAGUGGUGUGAGUUAGCCAGCCUGUUCAAGGGCUUAGGAGAAAGUCAACACACUUCGCAACUUGAAUUGGUCCCAGCUGCUCCCAGAAGAACGGGCGGGUUGGUCCCUAUGCCACCCCUGGAGAGCUACUCGCCGCCCACUUUGCCGUGAAGGGCUGUGCGGUUCCCGUGCACGCCGGAGCCUGCUGUGGCCUCUUAUGCACUCCACCACCCCCAUCAGCUCCCUCUUCUCCUUCACCAGCCCCGCAGUGAAGAGACUGCUAGGCUGGAAGCAAGGAGAUGAAGAGGAAAAGUGGGCAGAGAAGGCAGUGGACUCUCUAGUGAAGAAGUUAAAGAAGAAGAAGGGAGCCAUGGACGAGCUGGAGAGGGCUCUCAGCUGCCCGGGGCAGCCCAGCAAAUGCGUCACGAUUCCCCGCUCCCUGGACGGGCGGCUGCAGGUGUCCCACCGCAAGGGCCUGCCCCACGUGAUAUACUGCCGCGUGUGGCGCUGGCCGGAUCUGCAGUCCCACCACGAGCUGAAGCCGCUGGAGUGCUGUGAGUUCCCAUUUGGCUCCAAGCAGAAAGAGGUGUGCAUUAACCCUUACCACUACCGCCGGGUGGAGACUCCAGUACUGCCUCCUGUGCUCGUGCCAAGACACAGUGAAUAUAACCCCCAGCUCAGCCUCCUGGCCAAGUUCCGCAGCGCCUCCCUGCACAGUGAGCCACUCAUGCCACACAACGCCACCUAUCCUGACUCUUUCCAGCAGCCUCCGUGCUCUGCACUCCCUCCCUCACCCAGCCACGCGUUCUCCCAGUCCCCGUGCACGGCCAGCUACCCUCACUCCCCAGGAAGUCCUUCUGAGCCAGAGAGUCCCUAUCAACACUCAGUUGACACACCACCCCUGCCUUAUCAUGCCACAGAAGCCUCUGAGACCCAGAGUGGCCAACCUGUAGAUGCCACAGCUGAUAGACAUUUAGUGCUAUCGAUACCAAAUGGAGACUUUCGACCAGUUUGUUACGAGGAGCCCCAGCACUGGUGCUCGGUCGCCUACUAUGAACUGAACAACCGAGUUGGGGAGACAUUCCAGGCUUCCUCCCGAAGUGUGCUCAUAGAUGGGUUCACCGACCCUUCAAAUAACAGGAACAGAUUCUGUCUUGGACUUCUUUCUAAUGUAAACAGAAACUCAACGAUAGAAAAUACCAGGAGACAUAUAGGAAAGGGUGUGCACUUGUACUACGUCGGGGGAGAGGUGUAUGCUGAGUGUGUGAGUGACAGCAGCAUCUUUGUGCAGAGCCGGAACUGCAACUAUCAACACGGCUUCCACCCAGCUACCGUCUGCAAGAUCCCCAGCGGCUGCAGCCUCAAGGUCUUCAACAACCAGCUCUUCGCUCAGCUCCUGGCCCAGUCAGUUCACCACGGCUUUGAAGUCGUGUAUGAACUGACCAAGAUGUGUACUAUCCGGAUGAGUUUUGUUAAGGGUUGGGGCGCUGAGUAUCAUCGCCAGGAUGUCACCAGCACCCCCUGCUGGAUUGAGAUUCAUCUUCAUGGGCCACUGCAGUGGCUGGACAAAGUUCUGACUCAGAUGGGCUCUCCACAUAACCCCAUUUCUUCAGUGUCUUAACAGUCAUGUCUUAAGCUGCAUUUCCAUAGGAUAGAGGCUAUUGCAGGGAGUGGCUUGUAUCAUUUCAGAUUUGCAACUGAAGUUUCUAAAAACAUGUGUAAAUACAUAGAAUGUAUACUGUUCUUAUUUUUUUUAAUCACCAUUUGUUUUGUGCUUUCUAGUUAACCUGAUGCCAGUACAGUGCAAUUGGAAAAGCAGGCCUUUGGUGCCUGUGAUAUAAGCGGCAGAUUUUGUGGGAGGAAACAAAUUGAGAGGCAAUAUUGUCAACAGUAUUUGAAGGGUGUUAGCAGAAUAAAAGGCAGCUUUAGUCAGCCGUGUCAUUAUAAAGCAUGUUGUGUGGCCUCACAGAAACAUUGAAACUGUUUAUACAGCAAAAGUCAGGUAUUAGCAGCACUAGAGCAAAUAUCACUCAGAUGAAACAAAGCAGUGAAACCCCUACAGUUUAAAUGAUGUCACUUUUAGUGCUGUUGGCAAGAAAAAAAAAAACAACAAACUUGUACAAUGAAUUAAUGAGAUAGGCCAUAGAAACUUUAUUUCUAAGGUUGACAUACCUAUAGCUGGGCUCCUGUGCUUAUAUUCAGUGGUACAUUUUAAACAAACUGUGAUCGGAAAAGAAAAAAAACUGUGAAGCCAAAAGUCAUGUUCCCUCAGUCUACCACUGUAAAAACAGAGUCUAAUAUGGGAAAAUAAAUAUGAAAAUAGCAUGAAAUGCUGUUUCCCAGAUUACAAGAUAAGACCAGAACUUGGUCCAAGAGCCACCCAGGGAGACUCCUGCUUUCCACAGAGGAGACCAGGUUCCUGUCGUGCUGGUUGUUCGUGUCAGGCAGUCCUGCAAACUUUGAGUCUGCGCAGCAUGCCAGAAUAGCUUGUGUUUCAGUCCUGUGUCAAGAAGCAGGUGAAACCAAAGGUUGGAGAAAAGCAUCACACGUCGACUUACACUUUCUCAUUUCCCACGUUCCAGUCUCCUGGGAAGGGCACUCUUUUGCCACGUUUUCCUGCCUCUUGGCAAAUAUUAACUCUUUGCAGAUUACUAAAGCAACAGUAAAGACUUUGAGAAAAUCUAGACACAUUAUUGGAUCAAUGAGUUAAUUAACCUAGUGUCUCUAGUGAUUAUCUAACCUGGAAAUAAAUUCCCAAGGAAAGUGAUAAUAAUUUCAUAAUCAUCUGCAAUUUCUGGGGAACAGUGGUACUGAAUAAUAAGACAUCUUUUAAAAAUAUACACAAUAUUAAAAACCUGUUCUUAUUUUACUUUAGAUGAGGGAGGAAAAUCCCCCAAAUUUCUAGGUACUUUCAUAUAUAUACUUGCCAUGCACUAAACACUGCAUUGCUUGGAAAAAUAUUUCACACCCUCUUUAAAAAUGUACAAUUUAAGAUGGCAGUUAUGCUUGUAACAGACAGCACUUCAGUAAUCCAAGAUGUUUCUUCAUUUAUACAUUUUAUCUCAACUCUUUCUAGCAUUAGUGCACAUAGUAGUUUUUCUAAUUAAAUUGUAUUCAAGGUAGAAAUGAUCAUGUGAGAAAGACAUAUGAUUGAGCUACUACUGUCACCUCUUAUAAUUACUAGUGUUAGCUAAUAGAAACUUUCAUAUAUACACAAUAGAAAAGAAUUAUUACAUUUUACAUUGAAAAAUGUAAUAUAUGGCCCAUGUAGUGUAUAGAAAAAUCUGUAGUUUAUUGGUUCAUCAACUAUGUAUUGUGCACCUACCUAUGGGUAUCAGGUACAAUGUUAGGUACUGUAGAAUCAAAUGUAAAUAAGAGACAGUCCCAGCCCUCAUGGAGCCGAGAAUCUAAUAGUGAAUCUGUUUGUACAGACAUCUUCAUGUUUCAGAACUUUUAAAACAAAACAAAAUAAUGCAAUCUAUCUUUUGCUUGAAAGAAUGUGAUAGAUUUCUUAUCUCUGUUUUGAAAUUAUUUCCUUACUCUUCUGCAAAGUCAGGUAAUGGAUUCCUUGUAUAAAUGCUACUUUUCUUCCAUGUCUCAAAGUUGUUUUUUUUCCUCCUCUUCUUCCCUGUUUUCCAAUAAUUCUCCAUCUCCCCUUUUCUUGGAAAAGGCAUUAAUAUGGUGAAUCUCGUAUGGGAACCAUUCCAUGGGAGAACUUCAACACAGUUUUUGCUCCAGAGAUCAAACAUAGCUUUCGUGAUCUCUCUACCAGCUAUCUAACUUAUCCUCUGGUAAUCUUUUUUUUUUUUUUUUGAGAUGGAGUCUCGCUGUGUCACCAGGCCAGAGUUCAGUGGCGUGAUCUUGGCUCACUGCAACCUCUGCCUCCCGGGUUCGAGUGAUUCUCCUGCCUCAGCCUCCCAAGUAGUUGGGACUACAGGCUACUACGCCCAGCUAAUUUUUAUAUUUUUAGUAGAGACAGGGUUUCACCAUGGUAGCCAGAAUGGUCUCUAUCUCUUGACCUCGUGAUCCGCCCGCCUCAGCCUCCCAAAGUGCUGGGAUUACAGGCAUGAGCCACCGCGCCCGGCUUCCUCUGGUAAUCUUACACCUUUACAGAAUUAAUCUAAACUGGUGGCUCAUAAAUGAUAUUAAAAACAACAAAAAAAAUCUGGAUGCAGUGGCUCAUUCCUGUAGUCCCAGCACUUUGGGAGGCCAAGGCGGGAGGAUCAUCUGAGCCCAGGAGUUUGGGGCUGUAGUGAACUAUGAUCAUACAACUUCAUUCUAGCCUGGGCGACAAAGUGACACCCUGUCUCUAAACAAAAAUCAAGAAACAAAAAACUUGUAUUUCCCUGCAGCUUUGGGAAGCCAGAACACAAUACUGCAGUGAAUCUGAAUUUUCUGUGACAAAUAAAUUAUUAAAUUGGCACAUAUGAUCAUCACCAGUCAUGUCUCAUCAAAAGCCUUUAUUAUGAUGCUUGUACAUUUUGAAGAAUUUAGAAUUAAUGAGAAGUUAACCCUUUAGUCAUUGUAACACAAUCAUAUUUUAAUCAGCUUUUUCUUUUGCUACCAAGAGUUUCAAAAAAUAAAUGCAGUAUUUGAUUUCAGGCUGCUAAAUGGGCUCAUUUAGCAUUCAUUCCUUGAUGUAGACAAUAAAAAAAAAACUGAAUAGCAUUCUUUCCAGGAUAACUAAUAAAGCAGACAUGCUAAGCCUAUAAAUACAUCAGCACUGCAGCACACAUUUAAGGUUGCCACGGACAAAGAUCACACAAUAGAGAACACUGUAGUAACAUUUCGGUCUGCUCACAAGACCCAGAACAUUGAUCAGUUUUUGUUGUUGGUUUAUUAUUUUUCUGUUAAAAAAUUGUGAAAAAUUUGUUUUAGCUAGAUGAUAUUUUAAUAGCUGCGAGUGCUUUGGAACUAUAAAGAUGUCACUACUUAACACAUAUACCUUUGUUUUGUUUUGUUUUACACUCAGUAUAAAUCAGGAGAAGUUAGCCAACCACCUAGCAUUUAGAAUCCUCUUUUUUAUUGUCUUCUAAGGAGAUGGAUGUUCCCAUAACAGCAACAAAACAGCAACAAAAACAUUUCAUAAAUAUCACUUGAUAGACUGUAAGCACCUGCUUAACUUUGAAUGUGUCCCAAAUAUUUAGUGUAUAUAUAUAUAUAUAUACACACACAUAUAUAUUCAACAAAUAAAGCAAAAUAUAACAUGCAUUUCACAUUUUGUCUUUCCGUGUUACGAUUUUAAUAGCAGAACUGUAUGACAAGUUUAGGUGAUCCUAGCAUAUGUUAAAUUCAAAUUAAUGUAAAACAGAUUAACAACAACAAAGAAACUUUCUAUUGGAGUGAAGUCAUGCUUUCUAUUAUAAUAACUUGGCUUUGGUUAUCCAUCAAAUGCACACUUAUACUGUUGUUAUCUGAUUGUUUAUAAUAAAGAAUACUGUACUUACA